UGAAAAUAGAACAUCCAACAUCUUCCCACUGAACCAUAACCAUCACCUUAUCAGAGGAACUGUGGUUUGAACUUUUUUCCUACUGCUUAUACUAAUUGUUUUCGUCUAUGGCUGCAACGACAGGGACCCACGGUCAAGGGGAGCAGAUACCGCCGGGAAAGCCUAUGUCAACGGAGCAACACAUGCUAGAUAAAGGUGCUCAAAUGCUGCAGUCUUUGACUCCAAUCAAACAAAUGAACCAGCAUGUUUGCACUUUUGCACUUUACAACCAUGACAUGAAUCGUCAAAUUGAAACUCACCACUAUGUCACCCGUCUCAAUCAAGAUUUUCUCCAAUGUGCUGUUUACGACUCUGAUCAUUCCACCGCCCACCUAAUCGGGGUGGAGUAUAUAGUAUCUGAUCGUAUCUUUGAAACCUUGCCUGAAGAAGAGCAAAAACUUUGGCAUUCUCAUGCUUAUGAGGUUUGUUCUUCUUCUUCUUUUUUUUCUGUGCUCAAGUAUGUCCUGUUUUACUACUAGUUUUGUGUUGUCCUUAUAAAUUCCUUAUAUUCAUCGAAUAUUGAUUAGAAUAUUAAUUGUCUGAACUUUUCGUGUUUUUAAUGCGAGAACGGAAAGUCGUGAAAAGAGCGAUACGUUUAUCCACGAGUUUUUCCCG